GGGGGCGUGGCGCUCGUGCUGGUGAAGGUGACGGCGGAGGUGCUCCUUGCUGUUUCCAGACGUUGAGGCGGUCGAAGUGCGGACGGCAGGGAUGCAGUGCGGACGGCAGGUAGCGAAGCCCCUUCGGGCAUUAAGAUUUUCAAGCCGAGGCUACUCAUCACAACGUGGUUUAAAUGAGGUAGUUAUUGUGAGUGCUGUCCGGACACCAAUAGGAUCUUUCCAAAGUUCCCUUUUCUCACUGCCAGCCACUAACCUUGGUUCCAUUGCAAUUAAAGGAGCAAUAGAAAAAGCAGGUAUCCCUUCUCAAGAAGUGAAAGAAGUAUACAUGGGAAAUGUUAUCCAAGCUGGAGAAGGACAGGCUCCUGCACGACAAGCAACCCUUGGUGCCGGCUUACCAGUUUCUACUCCUUGCACAACCGUCAACAAAGUUUGUGCUUCUGGAAUGAAAUCUAUUAUGAUGGCAGCUCAGAGCUUGAUGUGUGGGAGUCAGGAUGUGAUGGUGGCUGGAGGGAUGGAAAGCAUGUCAAAUGUCCCUUACACCAUGACCAGGGGAACAACGCCUUAUGGAGGAGUAAAGCUUGAAGAUUUGAUUGUCAAAGAUGGCUUGACAGAUGUCUACAACAAGAUCCACAUGGGUAAUUGUGCUGAGAAUACCGCUAAGAAAUUUUCUAUAUCACGGGAAGAUCAAGAUACUUACGCUAUAAAAUCGUAUACCAAAAGCAAGGAAGGUUGGGAAUCUGGAAUAUUUGCCAAGGAAAUUGUGCCUGUUACUAUUUCUCAAAAAGGGAAACCAGACACACAGGUUAAAGAAGAUGAGGAAUACAAGCGUGUUGACUUUAGUAAAGUUCCAAAAUUGAAGACAGUGUUCCAAAAAGAAAAUGGAACAGUCACUGCUGCCAAUGCUAGUACGCUGAACGAUGGAGCAGCUGCUUUGGUACUGAUGACUUCAGAAGCAGCCAAAAGACUGAAUGUGAAGCCAUUGGCUAGAAUCGUAGGUUUUGCAGAUGCUGCUGUUGAUCCUAUUGAUUUUCCCAUUGCACCAGCACAUGCGGUUCCUAAGUUACUUGCUCAGACAGGACUCAAAAAGGAAGAUGUUAAAAUGUGGGAAAUCAAUGAAGCAUUCAGUGUUGUUGUCCUAGCUAACAUUAAAAUGCUAGAUAUUGAUCCACAAAAGGUAAAUAUUCAUGGAGGAGCAGUCUCUUUGGGACACCCAAUUGGGAUGUCUGGGGCAAGAAUAGUUGUUCACAUGACUCAUGCCUUGAAACAAGGAGAACAUGGCCUUGCUGGGAUUUGCAACGGUGGUGGUGGGGCCUCUGCAAUAUUGAUCCAAAAGUUAUAGCUUCUGAUCUCAAGCUCUAAGGCCCAACUUACGAAUAGCUGUUACAACCGGGAUUGGAAUUGCAGUAUAGAGGGUUAAUUGUUAAUUGUAAUUAAUGGCAUUGUUCAACAAAAUUAUGUCUUCUUAUUAUAGCAUGUUUUCAUGCAAAAUGUUUUUUUAUAUCUUGGACUCUAAAACAUGUUAAUUAUCACCCAGUGCUGCAGCUAUCAUAACUAUUUUAGAAACUUAUCAUUUGUCCUGCUCUCGUCACCGAAUUUUAGACAUUCUUUUGCUCUUUUCCCUCAGCCUCCUAGAAUGAGGACAGUGGUUGUGCCAUGCGUAAUUUUGCCCAGAAAACAACUGCUUGGUUGGAGGAAAAUAGUAUAGAAGUAACACUGGAUUAUGUUUCCACAAUUGGUAGAAAUAAACAAGAAAGGCUAUUGAAUAAAUAUUUACCAUACAACAAUAAUGAAUUGAAAAGCAAUCUUUGCCACUGAGCAUUGUAGCUCUUCUGAAAGCUUACCUGUAUGUACUCGCUUAUACUUGUAACUGAGGAAAGUAUGAAGGAAAACCUUUCAACUUGUAAUAGCACAUCACAUUCUAGAAAAACCAUUCCAGAUAGUUAAGAUGGCAAUUGAACUAUAAACAAGUUAAAAUAGCAAUUAAGGUCUGAUAUCUAUAGAUGGUUUCUGCACGAUACAGCUUCAUUCUAAUUUACAUACUAUUGCCCAUUAAAAAAAACACACACGCAGUGAUGAGUUGUUUUGUAACUACUUUGCUCAUUCAGCCUCAUAUAUUUCAGUAUAGCAAAAGAAAGCGGAAGCAGGGAUUCGAUUUUUAAUAAGUACAGCAAUAUUCUUUUGCUUAUGCAAAGCUUGAUAAGAAUUUUUCAAUGAAAGAUUAGAAUGAGGUUGAAGACAGCAUGCUGUCCACUGUGAGAAAUAAAAUGACCAUUGGAUUACCUGAAGGGUCCUUUUCUGUAUGCUGCGAUGAGAGUCCAAACAUGGGUUAAAUUCUGUCUGACUGCCCUGGACUGAACUGAAAGAUCUUUAGCCACGUCUCCUCUUCUGGCUCCUCAGAUUUUUCGAUGAAGGCGUGGAUCUGUAACACUGUUCAAAUGUGGUUCCAUUGAAUCUUGUUCUUAGUUCAAGUCAACAUAGUUGCAUAAGUCAAGUCCGGUAACAAAG